UCCAGUUCUGUGCUUCCUUCACUCACACUGCUGUCCCGUGUCCCUGCUCUGUGCUGCAGCUGCUGUCUCCUGGUAUGAUGAGUUCCAGAGGCUCUACGACACCAUCCCCUGUGUGGAGGUGCAGGCUCUGAAGGAGCACAAUGACCAGGUUCUGCACCUCAGCUUCUCCCACUCUGGCUGCCUGUUUGCCUCGUGCUCCAAAGACUGCACAGUCAAGAUCUGGAGCAAUGAGCUGGACAUCUCCCUGCAGCACAGCUCCAACAUGAGGCCAUACAACUGGAGCUACACCCAGUUCUCCCAGUUCAACUCCGAUGACUCCCUUCUGCUGGUGUCUGGAGUCUUCGUGGGGCCUCACAUCUCCUCCUCAGGGGAGAUUGCUGUGAUCAGCAUGGAGAACUUCACGCUGCUUUCCAGGGUGAGGAACAAACCCUACGACGUGUUUGGCUGUUGGCUGAAUGAAACCAACCUGAUCUCGGGCAAUCUGCAUCGCAUUGGGCGCGUAACCUCCUGCUCGGUGCUGUGGCUGAACAACGCGUUCCAGGGCAUCGAGUCUGAAAAUAUGAACGUAGUGAAGAGACUGUUCAAAAUUCAGAACCUGAAUGCCAGCACCAUCCGGACUGUGAUGGUGGCCGACUGCAGCCGCUACGAUUGCCCAGACCUACUCCUGGACUACGAGGAGCAGCUGGCAGCUUCCUCCUCCUGCCCAGUGUUCGACCUCGGCAGUGAGAGCGAGGAGGAGGAGGCCCAGCCCCGGCAGGCUGGGGAGGUGCAGGCAGGACAGGGGGCUGGGGGUGUGCCAGCGCAGCAGGGGCUGCAGCAGCUCUUCGAUGAUAUCCUGGAGGGGCGAGUGGGACCUGCCUUGAGCGACACCGAGCUGGAGACAAAGGUGGCUGAGCUGUUCGUGCGCAACAGAACUAAACGCCCCGAGCCAAACCUGCUCCCCACCAACAGCAACAGCAAGAUAAAGUAUUUGAUCUUCACCACGGGAUGCCUCACCUACUCCCCACACCAGAUAGGGAUUAAAAGGAUCCUGCCCCAUCAGAUGACGACCGCAGGGCCGGUGCUGGGGGAGGAGAGGCGCUCGGAUGAGUUCUUUGACUCCCUGGAUCAUGUCAUCGACAUCCAUGGGCACAUCAUUGGCAUGGGCCUCUCCCCUGACCACCGGUACUUGUACGUGAACAGCCGAGCUUGGCCGCGGGACUGUGUCAUCUCGGACCCCAUGCAGCCUCCCCCCAUAGCAGAGGAGAUCGACCUGCAUGUGUUCGACCUGAAGACAAUGAAGGAGGUGAAGCGAGCGCUGCGCGCGCACCGCGCAUACACACCCAACGAGGAGUGCUUCUUCAUCUUCCUCGAUGUCAGCAGGGACUUCGUGGCCAGUGGGGCAGAGGAUCGUCAUGGCUACAUCUGGGACCGGCACUAUAACGUCUGCCUGGCCAAGCUGCAGCACGACAAUGUGGUGAACUCGGUGGCAUUCAGCCCAGUGGAGCAGGAGCUGCUGCUGACAGCCAGCGACGACACCACCAUCAAGGUGUGGCGGUCCCCGCGCGCUGUGCGCAUCCGGCAGGCCAGGAGGCCCCAGCCCAGGAAACUGCUCUUCUCCUGGCUCAUGAACCAGAAAAGCUGAACCCAGGUACACCUGCUCCUGCAGCUUCCUCACUGCAGCACCUCUUCUGGAGCUCGCAGAGCUCUGAGUCCUGCACAGAGCCGAGCUCUGGGCACACGAAUCCCAUGGUUGAGCCAGGAGGGGCCCCGGCAGCGUGAACCGCCUCCUCCUUGGAGCAUCUGCUUCAAAGACAGGACGUGAGAGCCAGGACCUGUGCUGGGCCCAUGGGCAGCGCCUGAGCUGGUCACUGCAGGGUGGGCUCCCCACAGCUUCUCACCAGUGCUGCUGCUUGGGCACAGCUCUCUGGGCAUGCUCUGGGCUCGG